AAGGAUUUAUGAUCUUCAAAUUCAAGUAUGAAUUAUAAAGUUUCGAUUUUUACGAAUCAUUAAUUUUGUAUUCAGGUACUGCUAAAAAAAUGGCUUCUCCUAUUCCCGUCGGCGUUACUAAGGAACAGGCGUUUAGUAUGGCACAAACGGAGAUGGAGUAUCGCGUGGAACUCUUUAACAAUGAUAUAUAUAAGCUAGAGGAGUAUAAGUUUGAGACUGCUGAUAUGUCGAAAAUCCUUAGGCUGCCUGAAUUGCUUGCUCAAACAUGCUUUAAUAAAUGUGUGGAUAAAAGGUACAAGGAAGCUGAGCUAAACAUGGGUGAGAAUAGUUGCAUCGACCGUUGUGUUUCCAAGUACUGGCAGGUAAAUGGAAUGGUUGGACAGCUUCUAAGUGCUGGCAAGCCUCCCGUGUAAUCCAGUUUAAAGGCAAUUAUUACAGACCAAAAAGCUCAUGGAGGGAACACAACUCUGUUCUUUGUUUUUCUAAAGUUUAAGGCAAUCUUGUUUUUAUUGUCAAGAAAGUUGCAUCACAUUUUUGGCGCUGAUUUGGACAAAUUAUGCAAUUCCAUGUGAACCCAUUAUUAUUACCUAAGGGGUGAAAUGAAAUAACAAAUCGAAAAUAACGAAACACAUCUAUAUU